UAAACUGGUCACUGAUGUCGUCGGUGUGAAUCAGAGAACUUUACGAUUGCAGUAUUUCGAUGUACUCGCUUUUGGCGUGAAGCAGAAUUGCGUUGUGGAAUAACAUUCGUGAUUUUCGUAUAUAUUUUCAUUUUUCUAUUCAUCAUUUAUAAUUUUUAUUGAAUAGUAAUAAAUUGAACAAAUUACAUUUUUAACAAGUAUUUAAUAAUCGUUUUUACAUUGUACUGCGUGGUGAAAAUAAUAAGUACGAUGAAGUUGUUGAUCGUCGCAGUAGCGAGCUUGGCGAUCGUUCAUUGCGCCACGGAGAACCGUAGGACCGAUGAGUCGCAGCAAUACAAAACGCAGAACCACCGACCGUUGACGAACAAUACCAACAAGUCGUCGAAGUAUUCGGCGCGGUUCUACGGCACGAACGUGGCCGACGUCAAGGAUUCCGCGGCCAAGGUGACCGAAGUGCCGACGCUGCAGGACGCGGUGCGCGUGUUCGUCACGUCGGCGAGCGGAUACAAAAAGAAACAGGAUAACCACCAGCCGGCCGUGACGAGCGCCAGGGCGAGAAAACCGUCGAACUCGACGGAGGCACAGCAACAGCAACAGCCGCGCUUGCUGUUGUACGCCACGACCACCCAGCCGACGGUGGCGGCUGGUGCGCCGGGUACGACCGCGUCCACGAACCCUGCCAAGGUGAACGCGAGCGCCGCGUCCAAACCGUUCACCACCGUGCUGGUCCCGAAGCAGAUGUUGGACGCGAACCUGGUCCAACGCGAUUACGUGCGCGGCGACACGUCGUUCCGGCCGAUGGCGUCGCCGGCAUUAGCGUACAAACCGAACAUCGACGCCAACACUAUAGAGAACAGACGGAUGUCGAACGUGGCCGGCGUCCAGUCGAACGCGGCCGGCGCCAAGUCAGUCGCACACGGGUUCGCCGCGAGGCCGGUCACGUACAAAGUGGAAGAGUUCGUCGGCGGAAACGAUCAGCCGACGGUCGUUCCCGAUGGCGGUCACGGUUUCAGCAAAAAGCAGGACAGAUAUGAUCUGAAUUACGUGACCGCCGAUCGAUCCAACCAAAAAUACUCGAUGUUCAGUCCAUCGAAACAAGAAGCGUCGGCCAAGUACGAUCGUUUAAAUUACGACGUUCAGAGUUACGAAGUCCCGAGUUACGACACCCCGAAACGCGACGUUCCGAAACAGGGUUCGAAGUAUGGAUAUACGGCACCGGAAACGGUAAAGUAUGAACAACCAUUCCACAAAAAUACUCAUUCCGCUGAAAAGUUCCGCGAGUUCUAUCCGGCUAUCGAAUUACCGCCAAAGGACCUGAUGUCUUAUUCGUCGUACAACACGGCUGGGAAAUCGAACGGGCGACCGACGCAAAUCGAAAUCGUCGGACCGUCGCUUGAUUUGGAAACGGCACUGGGAAAGUAUAAAGAGUUUAGUAGCCCGCCCACUCGGUUUGCGUCUAUGAACUCGGAAACGGAAUCAAAUGGUCCAGAAUUUGGGUCCGGUGAUGUAAACCCAAAACACGUGUUGAAAUCCAUUUUACGGGAUAUGCUCAAGUCAAAACAACAAAGCGAGAUCAAGUCUGGUUCGUCUACUACCAUGGACGAAUUCAUAGACUCGUAUUUCAAAACCCAUCGGCCUAACGUUGAUUUCAGCUUAGACAAUUAUGAUAUAGAAACGGACAUGAGUUGUAACUUGAGGUCGACCAAGCACAUUACCGAUGGACAGUGUAUGACCUCCAAACCCAUAGUAGAAGCAGUGUGCGCUGAUCGUUGUCUGGUGUUGGCUUCAUCUCAGCCAUUCAGCAAUACAAGACAACGAAUUCCAUCGUCUAACCAACAAGUGGAAGCUUUGCACUGCGUCGACGGCGACGUGAAGCUGAAACGUGUGCAGCUCCUUUGCCGGGAUGGUAACAAGGUGAACAACGUCGUCAAAGUGGUAACCAACUGCCGGUGUACGUUGCAUCAAAUCCAACCGCAAAUGAGGAGCAAUGCUUCUCCAAUCAGGCAGAUGGCUACUGUCGAUCCGGAAAUCAUGCAGAUCGCUGCCGCCGGUAAAUUCUGAUUCCAGUCGUGACGCCGAAAUUUAUAUAUUAUUUUAUAACUGUUCUUGUUAUUAUUUAUUAUUAUUAUUAUUAUUAUUAUUAUUAUUAUUUAUUAUUUAUGAUAACGUUUGUUCUAUCAAUAUAAAUACUGUGCGUGUACUUUAAUAACCACCAAGUUCCUGUUUGAAAAACGAAUUUACCGUUGUCUCCGCAGCAUUCUUGUAAAAAUACUUGACAAUUUUUUUGUUUAAAUACAGGUGAAAUGCUAUCGUUUUUAAUAA